AUGAGAAGGCCUGUCGGCUGGCUGAAGCGCUUCUGGCAGGACAAGGCGGAAGGCGAGGACGGAGGCCAUUUCCUGCUGAUCGUGCUGGUCCGGCACCUCACGGAUGAGGAUUUCACCCUCUCCGUGGUGAACACCGGUGACGGCCUGCAGUAUCACCCAGUGCGCCACUGCGGCAAGGCGCCGCGCCCCGAGCAGCCAGUGAGGCAGUGCCCCUUGGUUUUAUGUAAUGUGCCGUGUCGGCGUGUGACGUGCGGCACGUUUUGGUAUCUUCUCUUCCGGCAACUGGUCAGUCCCUCCGGGUCAAACGGCCCGCGAUUGCUGUACAGCACUCUGCUGCCAGCCUGGGCCUCUGGUUGGGCACGUGGCCCUUUGGGGCGCUUGGGGCGUUCCCAAAGAUGCUCAAGCAGCAGCCCCUGGAUGCCAACUUCGGCAAAGAGCCCGAAGGUUGGGCCCAGUUUUGUCCUGUUCCAGUUGCAGGGGAUGGCUCCUUUUUGA